AGCUCUUGCUGCGUGUUGCCAGAUUGUGUGGGAUUCUUCUCGAGCCGCACCGCGCAUGCGCUUGGGAAGCCUGGGGUAGGCCCUGCUGUUUUUCUAACUCUAGUUCAAUCCUACACUGCCGUCUCAACCAAAACAAGGCGCAAGAAAAUCCCCCUCCUGGACGGCAAGUAACCAAGGGUUCCCCUCACUAUUGGAUUUGAAUUAUUUUGGUUUGGAGGACUUAAAACGAUCAAUGACAAUCUACAGGAGCCCUUCUGCAACUUUCCCUACUUAAAAACAACAAUAAAGCAAAUUUAACAGCAGAUUUACGGUGGUUCAGGAGAGUUGCUGCUAUUACAGAAAUAAUGACAUAAGAGGUGUGCAGUGCUAACAUGUGGUGCCUCCAGUCUCACACCCGACUGAAAGCUCAUACACCCCACCGGGACCCUCAGCGGGCUUUUCAGCCUUGACCUCAGACUCCCAGAAACACUCAUAUUCACUCAUAUUCACCUUCUGUCUUCUGUCUGUCCUCAGUUGUCCUCUCCAGAGCUCCUUUCUUCCUUCACUACUGCAGGCAGGCCUGGAGGUUUAUGUACAAAUGUCUACCUCACGCUUAAAGGUCCUCUCUCUACAACUGCGACCCUGAACACACAACAAAAAUGACCUCCAGCAUAGACCGGGAUGACAGCAGUAUCUUUGAUGGGUUGAUGGAAGAAGAUGAGAAGGACAAAGCAAAAAGAGUUUCUAGAAAUAGGUCGGAGAAGAAGAGGCGAGACCAGUUCAAUGUGCUCAUCAAGGAACUGGGCACCAUGUUGCCGGGCAACACCCGCAAGAUGGACAAGUCUACCAUCCUACAGAAGAGCAUCGACUUCCUGCGCAAGCACAAAGAAAUUGCUGCACAGUCGGAGUCGAGUGAAAUCCGUCAGGACUGGAAGCCACCCUUCCUUAGCAAUGAGGAGUUCACACAGCUGAUGCUGGAGGCACUAGAUGGCUUCUUUCUGGCCAUUAUGACGGAUGGAAACAUAAUCUACGUCUCAGAAAGUGUCACGUCUUUAUUAGAACAUCUACCUUCUGAUCUUGUGGAUCAGAACCUGUUGAAUUUCCUUCCACUGGGUGAGCAUUCGGAGGUGUAUAAAGCUCUGUCAACACACAUGUUGGAGGGAGAAACCCUCACCCCAGACUACCUAAAGACAAAGAACCAGUUGGAGUUUUGUUGCCACAUGCUCCGGGGCACCAUCGACCCCAAAGAGCCGCCCGUUUAUGAAUAUGUCAAGUUCAUCGGAAACUUUAAGUCCCUCAACACUGUGCCUAACUCAACACGAAACGGCUUUGAGGGAGUGAUCCAGCGAUCGCUGCGACACGCGUUUGAAGACCGAGUGUGUUUCAUAGCGACGGUCAGGCUAGCCAAACCUCAGUUUAUCAAGGAAAUGUGUACUGUGGAGGAGCCCAAUGAGGAAUUCACCUCCAGACACAGUUUAGAGUGGAAAUUCCUCUUCUUGGACCACAGGGCGCCUCCUAUCAUUGGUUACCUGCCGUUUGAGGUUCUGGGUACUUCAGGGUACGACUACUAUCAUGUGGACGACCUGGAGACUCUGGCCAAAUGCCACGAACACUUGAUGCAGUACGGUAAGGGGAAGUCGUGCUAUUACCGUUUUCUGACUAAAGGUCAGCAGUGGAUCUGGCUUCAGACGCACUACUACAUCACCUACCACCAGUGGAACUCAAGGCCAGAGUUCAUCGUCUGCACUCACACGGUGGUCAGUUAUGCUGAAGUGAGAGCUGAACAGCGCAGAGAGCUGGGCAUUGAAGAAUCACCUCCUGAGAUCUCCGCAGACAAGUCUCAGGACUCUGGCUCCGAGUCUCAGUUGAACACCUCCAGCUUGAAGGAGGCGCUAGAGCGAUUCGAUCACAGCCGCACACCCUCAGCCUCGUCACGCAGCUCCCGCAAGUCCUCCUCACACACCGCUGUCUCUGACCCCACCUCCACACAGACCAAGCUGCAGACAGAUCGCAGCACACCACCUCGCCAAUCAGUGUCAGCCAUUGAGAUGACAUCACAGCGGAGGUCCUCCAUUAGCAGUCAGUCGAUGAGUUCUCAGACCACAGGACAGACGAUGGGAACAUCUCUUGUGUCUCAGCCUCAGCAGCCUCAAACACUUCAGGCCACUGUUCAGCCGGUGCUGCAGUUUUCCACACAGAUGGAUGCAAUGCAGCAUCUGAAGGAGCAGCUGGAGCAGCGCACACGCAUGAUUGAGGCAAACAUCCAGAGACAGCAGGAGGAGCUACGGCAGAUCCAGGACGAGCUGCAGAGGGUUCAAGGACAGGGUUUACAGAUGUUUCUGCAGCCGAGUGGUGGUGGAUUGAACCUCAGCUCAGUGCAGCUGACACAGAGCUCAUCUGUACAGACAGCAGGCACUCUGUCCAUGCAAGGGGCAGUGGUGCCUACGGCGACCCUGCAGAGCAGUCUGCAGUCCACACACAGCAGCACACAACACACGGUCACACAGCAUCCUCAGCAGACAGCAGUGCAGCAGCAGAACCUGCUCCGAGACCAGACCACCAACCUCAACCAGCAGUCUCAGAGGUCGACCCACACACUGCAGUCUCCUCAGGGUGCUCUGCCUGCAUCUCUAUAUAAUACCAUGAUGAUCUCUCAGCCGACACAGGCCAAUGUGGUCCAGAUCUCCACAAGCCUGGCCCAAAACAGCAGCACCAGCGGAGCCGCCGUCGCAACCUUCUCACAAGAUCGACAGAUACGGUUCCCUGCCACCCAACAGCUCCUCACUAAGCUAGUAACAGGCCCUAUGGCAUGUGGUGCAGUUAUGGUUCCCACCACCAUGUUCAUGGGGCAGGUGGUGACGGCGUUUGCCCCUCAGCAGGGUCAGCCUCAGACUAUCAGCAUUGCUCAGCAGCCGUCAGCGCAGACAGCCGAUCAGCAGACCCACACACAGGCACAGACACAGGCCGCAGCAACAGCCCAGCAGCAGGGACAGAACCAGGCUCAGCUCACACAGCAGCAGACGCAGUUCCUUCAGGCCCCACGUCUUUUACAUAGCAACCAGUCUACCCAGCUGAUCCUCCAGGCGGCGUUUCCUCUUCAACAACAAGGCACAUUCACAACCGCAACACAACAACAGCAGCAACUUCACCAACAACAGCAGCAACUUCAGCAGCAGCAACAACUCCAACAGCAGCAGCAACAACAGCAGCAGCAGCUUCAACAGCAGCAUCAACAACAACAACAACAGCUUCAACAGCAGCAUCAACAACAGCAGCAGCAACUGGCAGCUCAUCGCUCCGACAGCAUGACGGAGCGCUCCAACCCUCCGCCUCAGUAAAGCGCAUCGUCAGGGACACCACCAGACCUCCACUGAGCGGUCCCGCAGGCUGGAGGGCUUCUGAGGGGGGGAGAGAGAAAGAAAAAUAGCAGUAUUUGUGCUGUACCCUCUCAGAUACCCUUCCACUGCUUAUAGGUGAGGAGCCAGACCUAAACGGGUGUUCGCUCCCGUUCGCUCUCCCACCUAUAGGUUGCUUGCACUGAAUUCUGGGAGAGGCCGGACCACCAACACUGAGCUCUGGUUUACCGCCAAACACAAUAUCCGCAUCGUCAUUGUCUCGUCCGCCCGGUGCAUGCCGUCAUCCUUCAUCCGCAGGUUUAAUUUAUGCAGGAGGAGCGCUUCAGGACGUCCUGCAGGACAAACAGCGCCUCGCUCUUUCUCUCGGCCUCUCUCUCUCUCUUUCUCCUCCUCUUUCCUUCUCAUUUUACGUGUCGAAGUAAUUAUGGGUCAGAAAAUAUUUUUAAGAAUGUGGAGUGGAUUCAACUUUUAUUGUACAGUUCACCUGUAAAAUAAUGUGUAAAUAUAUGGACAAAAGGAAAGAGAAACUAAUAUUUUAUAUGAUGCAUGAGAUGAAAAGCGUAGUCUGUUAUUUGUAGCUUUGAAUAUACUUUUUUUCUAAUAUUCAAAGGAAAAAAAGCUAAACUUACUACACGUAAUGGCUGAUCUCUUCACAGACUUCCUUUUUCCAGUGGGAUGGGGUGUUGAGUGUGUGUGUGUGUAUGUGCUUGCGCACAUGUGUUUGUAUGUAUGUGUGUCUGCCAAGCAGGCGAAGCUGGAUCCUCAGAUUGCGUCACAGUUUGUUUAAAGCGCCCUUCGUAUUUUAGUAAAUCUGUUAAAGGAACAGGCAAUCUUUAGAUGUUUUGCACCGCGUUAUGCAGUGCAGUACCAUAGUAAAUGCAAAAAUAUAGAGAUGACUAUUUCAGAGAGAUGUUUUACAUUUGUAAAUACUUUACAGAGAAGGCUUCAGAUCUAGUCUAUCAUGUGGUUAGGUUAGGCAAACAUAGAAAUGGCGCUUUGAGCAUUCACUGCUGAAAGGCGUUCGCUGUUGUGUACCGAUGAUAGUAACGGUACUCUCUUCAACUGGAAAGGAUGCGGGGUUAUGAUGACGAGACAUCUACUCACAUAGUGUGCAUGAUCUUAAACGAUACAGGUAAAUUAGCUUAAAGCUAAGCCAUAGCUUCCUCUAGUUUUCCAGUGGUUUACAUGGUUGUUUACACUGUUAUACAGUGUUUUAGGUAUGACUCGCUAAGGCUUGAGUAAGAAAUAAACUGUUUAUCAUCUAGAAAUAAUCAAUUAUCACAUAUUUGCACAGUUUUAAUGCAGGAAUACUUUCACUUGCCUUUCUCGGGUUUCCGCUCAAUAACUUCUUCCACUCAACUCUGGUAAAGCAGGAAUGUACAGGUUAACUAGUACCUCUUCAACACUCACUUAGUCACUAGCAACUUUCUAGCUUUUUUUGCCCAAAGGAAACAACACAAGCCAAGUGUUGACAAUCUCACUUACUUUAUCAGCCCCCUGUUGUUGUACGAUUAAAACAUGCCAGAUUGUAGUAGAUUUGUUUGAUAAUUAAACGUAACUCUUUAGCUGUGGCUUUAAUAUUCAGCGAUUUUUGAGUUCACGCUUGUUUAGCAGUACAGUUGAAGUCAGAAUUAUUAGCCCCCUUUAAAUGUUUUUUCUCUUUGAAGUAUUUCUCACA